CUUGGUAGUAUUUUCUCUGACUCGAAAAUAAAAAUAAAAUUGGGUGGCAACAGCCAGCCUAACUUUUUCCAGCAGAGUUAAAUAUCAUCAGAUGAUCCACAGAGAAAAAAAAAACAGAGUCUUCAAAAGAGGAAAACUUUUUCAAUAGAUUCACGAGUGAAAAGAAAUCCCCACUUCUUUUUUCAUCUCUACCCUAAAACCCAUAAUUUAUUUCCUUGAAAUUUCUUCAAAAAAUCAAAAUUUGCAGGAAAAAAGAGGUGUACUGUACUGUUUGGUUCAUUGGUUGUAGUAAUUGAAUUGAGUAAGUGAACAUUUCACGGAUUAUUAACUUUAAUCCUUUAUCACACUUUGAGAUUCUGUCUCCAUCUUUAAAGAACAGAAGCCUAAAAAAAUUUCACGUGAAUUCAUAUCUUUGACACGUAACCCCACUAUUUCUACCAAAAGAUUUCAACUUUUUUUUGAUUUUUCAUGUACCCUUUUCCCAGUUUUGAUGAUUAUGAUGAUAGUUGAGAGUUUCAUCAAUUAGGUUUGAAGUGUUUGAAUUUGUGAAAUUUGAGGGGUGCGAAAGAAGAAGAUGGAUAGAAAUGCUGGAGCAGGAGGAGGUAUGAAUUCAGAUAUGCCUAUUAUGCAUAAUAGUGAUAGAUAUGAACUUGUUAAAGAUAUUGGGUCUGGUAAUUUUGGGGUUGCUAGAUUGAUGAGAGAUAAGACUACUAAUGAACUUGUUGCUGUCAAGUAUAUUGAGAGAGGUGAAAAGAUUGAUGAAAAUGUGCAGAGAGAAAUCAUUAAUCACAGGUCACUGAGGCAUCCCAACAUUGUCAGAUUCAAGGAGGUUAUAUUGACUCCAACACAUUUAGCUAUUGUUAUGGAAUAUGCAUCGGGUGGAGAACUGUUUGAACGCAUAUGUAAUGCAGGACGGUUCAGUGAGGAUGAGGCACGUUUCUUCUUUCAGCAAUUGAUAUCUGGAGUCAGCUACUGUCAUGCGAUGCAAGUUUGUCAUCGUGACUUGAAACUGGAGAACACAUUGCUUGAUGGAAGUCCAGUUCCUCGCUUGAAAAUUUGUGAUUUUGGGUACUCUAAGUCCUCAGUUCUGCAUUCUCAACCAAAAUCAACUGUUGGAACUCCUGCUUAUAUUGCGCCCGAGGUUUUACUCAAGAAAGAAUAUGAUGGCAAGAUAGCAGAUGUGUGGUCAUGCGGGGUAACGUUGUAUGUAAUGUUGGUUGGGGCUUACCCAUUCGAAGACCCCGAGGAACCUAAGAAUUUCCGGAAAACAAUACAUCGAAUUUUAAAUGUCCAAUACUCUAUUCCUGACUAUGUGCAUAUAUCUCCAGAAUGUCGCCAUCUACUCUCUAGGAUAUUUGUUGCUGAGCCGGAAAAGAGAAUUACCAUACCCGAGAUAAGGCAACAUGAAUGGUUUCUGAAGAACCUCCCUGCCGAUCUAAUGGAUGAAAAUGCACCAAAUAGUCAGUAUGAAGAGCCAGAUCAACCAAUGCAAAGCAUUGAUGAAAUAAUGCAGAUAAUUUCAGAGGCAACUAUACCUGCAGCUGGAUCCCAAAGUCUGAACAAGUACUUAACCGGAAGCUUGGAUAUCGAUGAUGAUAUGGAAGAAGAUCUAGAAUCUGAUCCCGAGCUUGACCUUGAUAGUAGCGGGGAGAUAGUAUACGCUGUCUGAAAAAGUAUCAUGCUUUUAGAAACGAUUGUAAUGAACCGAAGCUCAGCUGUAAACAAUUGAUGGGAUUUGGAGAGGGAGGACUAAACGAAAGCGCUAAGCUCUCUCUUCAUAUCAUAUGAUCUUUAUAUAACUUGUUUAACUUUGCAGUGUUGUAUUCAAACUCUUCAUACAAUGGGAUAUAAUAUUAUUUGACUGCUUGUGUUUUAAUUAGUUAAUCCCUCCAUUCCUGAAUAUUGUAAAAAGACAUCUGAUGCUCUUUGCCAUCAGACUACAUAUGUGAAUUUUUAGCCCGCUACUUUUCGUAGCACGAUCA